GUCAAUACUAAGAAAUGGACCAACAACAAGACACCCAAAAGACAAUUACCUCAUUAGAUGAGCUGAAGAGACUUGAACUAAGGUUCAUGAUGGCAGAAGAUGCAAAGAUAGAGCAGGUUUUGCAGGUUAUAUUCCAAGACAUCCUUUCUAAAUUCUUUGAGCAAGACAUUCUCGAAGUGUUCUCAUUAGGAGCAACUGAGAAGAUCAAGACUCUUGUUAGUAUAUGUAAUCAUAUUAAUGACCGAGUUGAGACUUCUCAGGAGAGUCUGAAGAUUCCUAUCUACCCAAUUCUUGAAUUUAUCACUCAUCCCGAUUUUUCUAAUAACAUUCACUUAAAUAAGAUAAUUCAGCUGUAUUUACAGGAAACAUUGUAUUCAUUUUUGAUUAAAAGCCUCCAACAAGAACCUUCUCUCAAGAGAAGCUGUAUCGGAAUGCUAUUCAAAAGUUGAAUGGUGGAAAAUAUUACUCCUCAGUUCCAGUACAAAUUGUUCUUUCUGUUCAUUCACUGAAUGCCUUCUCUUUCUAAGGAACCUAUUGAUGAACUGAGAAAACAGGGAUUUCCUGGAAUUCUUGCUCAGAAUAUUCCUAAAUUUAAAGAAAUGAGUAACCACGUGUUGUACUAUUACAAUUACAUUAGUCAAACAAAGGAUAAUAUGAAGGAGAAGGUCACUAAAUUUACCCAACAAAUAAUCUCUAAGGAUCGUGAUCCUUGUCUCGUUAAAUUUGGAGGAACUAAAAUGAGCGUGAAUGAUUCACUAAAGUAUCUCCAGACCAAUCUACUGCAGUUUAUAUCACUAGGUUUCACCAUAAAAGAAGAGGUAGAAGAAGAGAAAGAAGAUCAGAAAGAUGAUCAGAAAAGAUAUCCAGAAUAUAGUUAUCAUAUUAUCCCAUCCCUCAUGAUUAGCACUGCAUCAGUUAUUAAUGAGGUUAAUGAGAAAGCUAAAAUCAUUCUGAAAGGGUUUGAAAAACACAGUGACAUUGAUCAAUCUUCUGCAGAAAUUAAAUCCAUUCAUAGUCAAAGUGAUGAAGAAAGUGUUAAAAUGGCAACUAACUCAGGGCUUAAUGCGGUCUCUGUAUGGUCUGAUAUCAUGAAAUACUAUCUUGAUAUGACUAGAAACUCAAUGGCACAAUCAUUAGCAAGGUUUGAUGAGCAAACAAAGAAGACAAUUAUUUUAUUUUCAAGAAAUCUUAAAAGAAAUGUGUUAGAAUAUGCUCUGAAAUGUGAGGUAACCGCUAAACUUCCUCAACUCCUGACUGCAAUUAAUGAUCCCGGUCAGAUUAGGCACCUCGGCUUGAAGUUUAUUGAUCAUAUGAUAAAGCAUCUGUUCACAUACAUGUCAGAGGAAAUAUCUAUUACCAACGCAAAGACUAUUUAUGGACUUCUGUCAAAGAUAAUCGCCAGGGCUGGUUUCUUGAAUGAAGAUGAGAGAUCUCUUGCAUAUCAAUCAUUAGUAGAAGUAGUUCUCAAGUAUCCAAAAUUACUUGAAUUAGGUAAGAAAGAUCCCUUAGAGCUAAUGGAUGAGACAUUUAAUGAGUUUCAAAUAAGCAGUGAUAACAAAUCUUCACAAAAUGAAGAAGUAUAUGCAAAUUGGAUAAAGUCUCUAGGAAGGCUCAAAUUCUUAUUUGAAAAUAAUUCUCAAAAAGGGUUUGCCAUUGUCAAAAUUACUGAGAGAAUAGAAAAUAUUAUCAAUAAUCAUGGCAUAGAUGAUGAUUAUUACUCAAUGAAUAUCUUUAUUUGAGUAGACUGGAUCUCUUUUCUCAGUACUGAUCAAGAAGUUCCAUUCAACUUACUAUAUAUUUGUAUCAUAUUAUCAAAUGCAAAUGAUUUGAAGAUCAAGGAUGCUUCUAGUAGAAUUCUUCAACCAAUUUUAAAUACCAUUGAGAAAGAAUUGAAGAUCUUCUCUAUAAAGAAUGAGUUACAAGAAUCCAAAAUAGAGCACGAAGAAGAAAAGGUCGACACUUAUCAGAGAUCCCUAUUUGUAAAGAAAUCUUCCCAAUAUCCCAUAAAUUCAUUGAAAGCUUACAACAUCUCUCGUCAAUUGUGAGUAGAGUCUUUAAAGAUAUUCAAGCUACUUAAAUCUUCAGAAGAGCAAGAUUCUUUACAGCCCCAUUUAGAGUCACAUUUCUUAAAGUUAUUUGCACAGGAAAAUCAGUCAUAUACUCAAAAUUUAGGGGCGAGUCUCAACAUUCUUCUUGACUACGUCAGAUUCAAGCACUCAUCUAUACAGGGUGACUCUAAGAUUUUCAGUGAUAUUGGAAAUUACUUUUUCUUGGUAAACAUUUUAAGAAACACAACUAUUAGAGAAGAACGAAAAACCACCUUUGACAUUCUUGAGAUCCUUCUCAGUACUGGAGACUAUGAGGAACUUAAAGAAACUCUUCUGGGAGCACUCGAAGAUUUUGGAUACAAGGAUACGAUUGAUUUUGGUGUCGAGCAGCACUCUGCUAUCUGAAAUUUGACUGUGCUUUUGCUAAAACACUCCUUGGACAAUAAACUUACUGGUAGUAAAACAUACCAGGAUUGAUUAGAUAUUUUCUUUAAAUUAUGAAACGAUUUCAACCAAAUUUCAGAUUACAAAUACACAAAUUUGGAUAAAAUCCAUAAUUUCGGUUACUGAAUUAGUAGAUUGGCCGAGAAAUAUGACCUCAGAAUACUUGGGAAUGAUAAUUCAGAAUACUUUGAUGACUUGCUUGCAAAGUUAAUAGAAAUUGUAGAUAACAAAGACCUUGAAAUAGAGUUCAGAAAAACUUGUAUUGAUGAGUACCUCAAAAUGCUUCAUAAAAACACAGAUCUCUAUAUCGACCAUCUCGCUUAUUUACGAGAGCAAUAUAUUGAAUAUGAUCAAUAUGAACUUCACCGAUCAAUUGGAGCUAGUGCAAGCUAUUUAUUAAAUAAGGAAGAUUUGGAGAAAUACUUUACAGAAGUGAUUGGGACAAUAAAUUCUAAAGAUUCCACGCUCAUUGCAAAGAGAGCUUCUAUCGUUCAUUUAGCUGAGUUCAUAAUAGGUUCUCCUCUUUUGAAGCAUUGUCAAGAAGAACUGACUAAUUUUCAAAAUAUUUUCUUCAAGUAUAUGUUUGAUAAAAAGGAGUUGAUUCAAGAGUUAGCUUCUAAUGUUUUGACUAAGCUAUAUCAUAUUGGAGAUGCAGAAACUAAGAAGAAAUUAGUUCAAAACUUAUCCAAGGCCUUGGGAGGUUCUCAAACACUAACUCACAUGCAGGAGAAGGAAGAAGAUUUUGAAUUAAAUCUUGAAUACAAACCUUCUACUGAAGAAAGCAAGAAGAUGAAAACCUUUAAAGAUUUGUGUGAUAUUGCUGCAGAUGUAGGACACAGAGAGCUUGUCUACCAAUUUUUGAAUAUCCACAGGAAUCUUACUCAAUAUAAGAACAUCCGAAAAGCAGCUGAAAGUUUGCAUGGAAUUCUUCUUGAAGAUGAACAAGUCAGGAAAGAUCUACUCAAGAUGGUCCCGAAGUUGUUCUUAAUGACAUAUGACUAUAAUGAAGAAAUCAGAGAUACGAUGAAGGAAGUCAUGAGUGUUUUAGUGACUGGAAAAGAAGAAAAACAAAUCAUCUUGGAUAACUUUGAUGAUGUUGUAAAAGAGCUCUUUGAUGCUAUUAAGAAUAAGAAAGAAUUUAGAAAAAGGCUAGCUGCUCUCUAUGCUUUAUCUGACGUAAUCUCUUGGCAAGAAUGGGCUAAGAUAAAGACUAUCUUCUCGCAACUUUAUGAGCUUAGCUUCAAAGGUAUUGAUGACCCUAAUGAUAAUGUGAAAAAGGCUGCAUUUGAGUUGAUGAAGACACUGAAAAAGAUUAUUUUAAGGAAUGGGAAUAUUUAUACUUGAACCAACACGACAGAAUUGAAGGAGAUUUAUGCGAUUGUCCUACCAAUGCUUCUUGAGAAGGGCAUACUCUCACAUAUUGACAUUGUGAAAUACUACUCAGUAGUCCUUUUGUAUGAAAUCUUAGAAACCAGUAAGGAAGAGAGUGUUAUCGAUAAACUUAAAGUUAGAGGCAGCCGCGAAGAUAGACAAUUGAAUUAUACUUAUAACAGCAAGCAAAAGAUGAGAGAAAUAAUGGCUCCUUAUUUGAAAAACAUUGUUACAUUAAUAACAGAGUGAAUUAGUGACUUUGAGACAAGAGAAUGGAAUAAGUUAGAGAAUGAAGUAGUAGAUCAGAAAGGGGCAAAUUCCGACCAAGUGCAAUACCUCAACGAUAUGCGGAUCAAGAGUUCCAAAGAGUCCAUUCUUUAUGAUACACUUAGUAUUUGCAAGGAGCUUAUGUCUGAAGAAGUUCUUGAUGAUACCAUUCCAGAUCUGAUUAAAAUCAUUAAGAAAGGAGUAGGAUUAUCUACAAGAGCUUGUGCUUGUAACUUUAUUAUUGAGAUAUCCAUUGAAAGGCCAGAAUUAUUUAAGCUAAAAUUUGCCAAGAAGGUGUUUAAGUCAUGUAUAGACAUUCUUGCAAAUGCAAAAUCAUGUAAAGAAAGCCUUCUCAAAAUUGUGUGCAGAUUAGGAGGUUCAUUAUUCAGAGUAAUGUCGAAGUCAUUCAAGACUAUUCAGGACUCUCUUGACGACAUUAACUCUAAACUUCUUUCGAAAGUAGACAAAUACGAUGAAAUGAUAGGAUUUGGACUCGAAAAAUACUGGAUUGCUUACCUGCUGAUUAUUAGAGAAGCUAUUAAGAACUUGAAGGAUUUAGAAUUGACUCAAGAGAAAGGAGCUAUUAUCCAGCAAGUGAUUCCAUAUGUAUUUGCAAUUAAAAAUAACACACUUGAGGAUGAGAGCAAAAGAGAGCAGAUUAAGAAACUUGGAAAUGGGAUAUUUAAAGAUAUAUUUGAAAAUAGGAUUUCUAUUCCUGUUGAAGCAUUUGAAGAUGAUAUAUUGGGCCAUAUUAAAGCCUUGUUAGACUCAUCCAAUUUCAUGAUUAGAGCUAAUGGGUCAGCUGCCUUGGCGGAUCUUUGCGAGCAUACAGAUGAUAAUAGUUUGUUACAAAAAUUGAAAGACAAGAAAAUUAUUGAUUUGCUGAUUAAUAAGAAUAUUGGAAGCAAUUACUUUACUGAUUAUCUUGGCCAUAUCAGAAAAAUAAUAUCUUUCGGAGUUGGAGGAAUAACAGGAAAAUAUGUUAGGGCUAACUCUCUUUUGCUUGAGAAAGUUUCUAAGAAAUUAGUAACCAAACUUUCAAAUCAACUGAGUAAAUCAGAUUUAGAUAUGAAAUAUAAGAAAGAAGCAGCCCUACUGAUGUCUACAGUUGGGAACAUCAUUUUCAGACUUCUUUCAUUAGACUACGAUACAGAAGAAGAUAAGAAACCCAUUCGAGAAACCAGCAAGAAUUAUUUCAACAAUUUAUUUACUCUUUUACAGGGGAAUUAUGAGUCAGAAGAAGCUAAGGAGGAAGAAAAAGAAGAAGUUAAGAUUGAUAGUCAUGUAAAACAACCAGAUAUUAAGAAUAAAGACAUAAGGAGUGUAAAUAAGCAAGCAUUAGAAUUCCACCAGCUUAUAGUUGAAGCUUUAGCAUAUUCUCAUGAUCAAGAGCAGAUCCAUCAGCAAUUUGAGUUAUACCAAAAACUUUACUUCUCAGUAUCCAGAGAGAUGAGGUUAGGAAUUCUGAAUAAUCUCCAAGUUUUGUUCGAAAUUGUCUGAAAUUCUAAAACUGUAGUCAGAGAACUUGUUGAGGAAAAUAAAACUCUCAAAAUAUUUUUGCUGUCUAUAGUAGGAUCGACGCAAGAGAAUCUUCUCCAACUUUCAAAGAUUUUAAGAAUCUUGGUUGAAUCUCUAAGCCAAGAAUCAGAGGUCAGAGUCAAAAUCCUUGAAAAUAUAGAUGAAAUAUUUGCCUCCAAAGUUAAAGAAGAUAAGAGGAAUAAAAAGAGAGAACAGAUGAGGGAGGAACAAGAAGUCGAUGACUCUGGAGCUAUCAAGAUUGCUUCUUCACAACAUGAUAAGCUUAAGGAAGAAAAUAAAGUGCUGACAAUGAUAAUGCAGAACUAUUACUUAAUGAAGAAUUCUCAAUAA